UUUUCACUGUCUCUCUCAGCUCGCAUAAGAUUUCACGAGUCAAGCAACCAGUUCUCUCUCUCUAAACCCUAAUAAAUCCCCACUGUUGCGGCUACACUCCGGCAUUACAUGUGCUAUCGUACUCAUUAUCUUCGUAUCAAAGUCAUGAAUUAUCUUAAUUGAGCUUCUUGCAGUCGAUGAACAAAAUCCUAGCAAAUGGUUCCCCUAAACGAAUUGUGUUCAGGCACUUUUCCGGCUAUGUUACGACAUUAAUAGGAAAUAAGUGCUUUUUAUUUGUCUGAAGUGGAUGGCUGCAAUUUUGCAAGCCAAAGAUGCGGAGGAAUGGACUUACAGAGGAGAAGGAGCUGUGAACCUAGUUCUUGCUUACUGUGGAAGCUCUCCUCAAUUUGUUGGAAAGGUUUUAAGGAUACAAAAAGUUCCAAAUGAUGGACCUGAAUUUGAGAAUGGUCAUUCGGCUCUAGUCAACCAUGAAUCCCUCUUGUGGGGAAAAUUUGAAGGCAUAGUUUCAGCACCUACAAAGGAAAUUGCGGAGCAGCUGUAUGUGCAGAAAGUAAUGUGCCCACUGUUGGGAUCUGAGCAUGUUGACUCAGGGAUCCAUGUUCUUGUGUCGAGAGGAUUUUUGGAGGCAGUUGACAACAAGGUUCUUUGUCAGCGUCCAUCAUGGCGUGUUGAUGCUGCCAGAGUCAAUCCCCUUUGUGACUCGGUUCUUCUAAUUGCUGAUCAUUCAGUGUUUCCUCAUGUUUCAGGUUCUCUCAAAGAGGAUUUCUGUGUGUCUGUUGAGAUCAAGCCCAAAGGAGGAUUUCUUCCUAUUUCAGAAUUUAUUGCUGAGGAAAAUGCAGUCAAAAAGAGAAUUACUCGAUUUAAGAUGCAUCAAGCUCUAAAAUUGCAUCAAGGAAAGAUAUCUCAAAUAAGUAAAUAUGAUCCUCUAGAUUUGUUUUCUGGAUCCAAGGAUGGAAUACAAAGAGCAAUUAAAGCCCUCCUUCUGACACCUCAGAAUAAUUUUCGGGUUUUCUUAAAUGGUUCGCUUAUUUUUGGAGGCAUGGGUGGCGCUGCAGACAGCACUAGAACUGCUCAAUCAUUCCACGACGGACUUAAACAUGUUAUUUCAGCAAAAGAUGGGAUGCACGUCAAGGGUUUUGUGGAUCUGCUCACUGAAACUAUUUUUAAGUCGGGCUUGUGGAAUCGGCUUCUUGAAGUACAGAAGCUUGAUGCUAUUGAUAUAGAAGGUGCAAUUCAUGCCUACUAUGAUAUCAUUUUUCAGCCUUGUGUGAUCUGUCGGCAAAGAGGUGGAAAUAAAUUCUCAGCAAGAUAUUCAUCUAUUCACUCAAUGCAAAGGGAUGAGAAAGUAAAAAUUGUGAGGGAUUACUUGAUAUCAGCGACUGCAAAGGACUUAAGUAUGAUGAUUAGUUUUAGGUCCAAAGGAAAUAUGGAUCAGGAGUCUCCAUAUCGUGCUGUCUUUCUGGAAUCGAGCAAGCAAACUUUUUGUUACAAGGCAUCUUUCAUCGACCUGGACAUGAAACCAUUGAAGAAAAUGGAAUAUUACUAUGAGUUGGAUCAGCAAAUAGUCAAGCACUAUGUCCAGAUGGUAAAAGAUACGGAUGCGCUUGAUUGUGGCGAGAGCACUCAGGAGUCAUUGAAGUCGCGUGCUUGUACCAGUGUAGAAACUGGCAGUGAGUUCUUUGUUUCUUUAUUUGCAUAACUCAAACUUUAGAUUAUGAACCCAAUAAUUUGAACUUUUAUACUGUUUCAGUGGUGUUUGUGCCUGAUUUUUUACUUGUGGAUAUUGAUUUUGAUGUCAUGGGUUAAAUUCAGCACCCGGAAAAAAAAAAAAAAAAAAGGUGAAUUCUGACCUAUAUUUGCUCCUUGAUUAGCGCUCUGCUACUUUGAAGAAAUAGCUUAAAAUUAUGUCAAUUUGCGAACUCGUUAGUCUACAAAAUCCUUUAUCAUUUGGGAAUACAAGUAAGGAUUGGUCCUGACUCUGUUACUAGAAGUCUCCAACAGAAUCAGUUCCAACAUAUUCAAAUACAUCAUUUCCAUUUCCAAAUCUGUGCGCCUCCACAUCGCAAGUGCCACCCUUUUGGCAUAUUCAGUUAUUCAUAUUAUGUUUGUGGGAAAUGAAAUAAAGGAAAUGAUCAAUAUCCUAUUCCAAUGAGGAGGUAAUCAAUCCCCUCCAUUAAUGCAUAAAUUAAGGGGAAAAUGAUCAGUGUUCUUAUCAGUCCAGUUCUUCAUUUACAUGAAAUAGUGUCUGUAGUUUCGUCUUGCUAUUCAUAGUUGAGAGUAGACCACAAUAUCACAAAGCCAAAGUGCAAGUUUGACUAGUACACUGCAUUUAGGCUACUCUACUUCUUUACAUAUUUGUUGUUUGCUUUCUCUUUUCUUAUCUCUCGGAGCAUGUAAAUGUGUGGUUUUAUCAUGCCUCUGCAGAGAUGGCAAAUUGAUCGAGGAGCUUAGAAGAAAGAUAUAGAUGAGCUUUCUUUUCUAUGAAGGGUCGUGUCGACUAGUUCAGUGUAUCCCUUCGAGUUCACAUCCGCGCUCGAUUUCAUUUGCAUGGCACGAAUGUAGAUUGGGUUGCUAGAAGAUGAUUGCUCCUCAUGUGUGUGAUCUCUAACCUCAAAUCAGUUUCUUCAAAGUGGCUCUGGAAUGUAAUUCUGUCUGUAAAUCUCGUGUUCUCACUGAGUGUACAAAAUCUUUGUUGUUGUAAUUGGCUUUGUGUAGAUUGAUAUAAGUGACAAUUAUGUAAUUUGGAAUAAAUCGGCAGGGGUUAUUUGUAUGUAUAAAUUUGAGCAGCAAUUUUGCAGUUAGAAUAAAUUUGCAGGUUAUUUUGUAUU